GCCCCUGUUUGUUAUUAGAUGGAAUGCUGGGUGUAGGCUGGUGUGGUUCAUACUUGGGACCUAGCCUGAAAGACAUGUUUUUACCCUCAAUAAAUAACAUCUUUGUUUGAAGAUCAGUCCCAUGUAACCAUAGCAAGGUCUUUUUUUCUCCCUCAGAAUGUAUCUCAAACGGUUUCUUUCUUGUGCUUAUUUCAUAAAUAGUUUUAACCAGAGCUGCCUUCUGCCUUCCUCUUGCAGUUUGUUGCAGAAUGUGUGAGGUACCACCUAACACUCUUGGUGUGCCUGAAAACUGUGAUAUAAUAAUGAAAACUUGAAAUAGAUAAGUUUACUCUAUGAGGACUGAAGCUGUUGUUAGUGCCCAAGGCCAGAUUGAUUAUCUAACAAAGGAUUCAGAUCAGGAUGUAGCACUCAAACUUGCCCAGGAGCGAGCUGAAAUUGUUGCUAAGUAUGACAGAGGACGAGAAGGUGCAGAGAUUGAACCUUGGGAAGAUGCUGAUUACCUUGUCUACAAAGUCACGGAUAGAUUUGGCUUUUUACACGAGGAGGAGCUCCCAUAUCAUAAUGCAGCUGUGGAACGGAUCCCACGAUUGUUGGAUUAUCCGUCACAACACUCAAGUCUUCAUCCUCUCUUCCCUGCUGAAAUCUUACUAGAGCAAAAACAUCUGGAAAUUGAAAGAACUACUAAAUGGUUGAAAAUGCUAAAAGGAUGGGAAAAAUACAAGAACACUGAAAAGUUUCAUAGGAGAAUUUACAAAGGAAUCCCACUCCAGCUCAGAGGUGAAGUCUGGGCUCUACUUCUGGAGAUUCCUAAAAUGAAAGAAGAAACAAGAGACCUUUACAGUAAAUUAAAACACAGAGCAUGGGGUUGUUCACCUGAUAUCAGACAAAUAGACCUUGAUGUCAACCGUACAUUUAGGGACCACAUUAUGUUUAGAGACAGAUACGGUGUUAAGCAACAAUCCUUAUUCCAUGUUCUGGCUGCAUAUUCUAUUUAUAACACGGAAGUUGGAUACUGUCAGGGGAUGAGCCAGAUCACAGCUUUACUCCUAAUGUAUAUGAAUGAAGAAGAUGCCUUCUGGGCCCUCGUCAAACUCUUCUCAGGCCCCAAACAUGCCAUGCAUGGCUUUUUUGUCCAAGGUUUUCCUAAACUCUUGAGGUUUCAAGAACAUCAUGAAAAAAUACUGAAUAAGUUUCUGUCCAAGCUUAAGCAACAUUUGGAUUCUCAAGAAAUCUACACAAGUUUUUACACAAUGAAAUGGUUUUUUCAAUGUUUCCUUGAUCGUAUUCCCUUUACACUGAACCUCAGAAUAUGGGAUAUCUACAUCUUUGAAGGAGAACGAGUCCUUACUGCUAUGUCUUAUACAAUCUUAAAAUUACAUAAAAAACAUCUAAUGAAAUUGUCUAUGGAAGAACUUGUAGAAUUUCUUCAGGAGACCCUGGCAAAGGAUUUUUUCUUUGAAGAUGAUUUUGUAAUAGAGCAACUUCAGAUUUCUAUGGCAGAACUAAAGCGGGCAAAAUUAGACCUUCCAGAACCUGGUAAAGAGGAUGAGUAUCCAAAGAAACCUUUGGGACAACUUCCACCUGAAUGUCAGUCUGCUGGCAUUAGUCAUCUGAGCAAUGGACAAAAAAGUGUUGGCAGGCCAAGUCCCCAUACAGGCAGCAGAAGAGAAAGUGGCUCUUCACCUCACAAAAAACAUGAGCAUUCCCCUCACCAUCAAAGGAAAAUUGGUACACCAGAAAGAGUAAGGCAGCUAAGACGGAAAUCAGUGGAUGAGGAUAGUAAGAAGCUUAGAGAUGAGGCAGAUUUUCAAAGAAAACUUCCAUCAGGUACACAGGAUAAUUCCAGGCAAUAUAAUCAUGCAGCUGCUAACCAAAAUAGCAAUGCUAUGUCAAACAUCGGGAAGGAAUUUGUGCCCAAAUGGAAUAAACCAUCAGAUAUUUCUGCAAUUGAAAAAACUGCCAAAUAUGCCAUUGACGGCAAAAGUAGAUCAGCACAACCCACACUUACAGUCACCAUCCCAAGUUCUGCUGACACUCGGCUUUCGAAUGUGAGGCAAAAGAUGAAGGUUUUGGAUGCUGAUGAAGGGAAACGGGGCUCUAAUGCUUCCCAGUAUGAUAACGUACCUGAAAAUGAAAAUGGUCCCUCUAUUGAAGAGCUGCUGGAAAGGGCUUACUGUCAAAGUCCAAGGAGUACUGUUUACUAUCCAAGUUCAAGAAAGCAUGCUGAGCCAAGUUCUAGUCCAUCAAAAGUAGCCAACAAGUUUACUUAUAAAGUGCAGCCUCCAAGUCAUGCAAAGUCCCCAUCUCAGUUAGAUAGGGAUGAUCGCAGGACAGCGCACCUCCCAUCCUACAAUAAUCCCCCUGUUUACCAUGGAAAUUCUCCAAAACACAUCCCAACCACCAACAGCACUUUUGCGACUCUACAGUUUGCCCAUGGGACUCAAAUGAAUCCUUCCAGGAGACCUUAUGGUCCCACUCUUCCUGUCGAUGUUUCUCCAGAGAAAUCUUACAGCCGCCCAACUCCCCUUGUACUACCAUCUAGUCGUAUAGAAGUUCUUCCUGUGGAUAUUGGGGCUGGGGCAUAUGCGGGCAAUUCAGGGUCCCCAAAGAAUGGAACGUUCAUCAUUCCUCCAGUGGAUUAUUUGGCAGAAAACAGAAAAUGGUCAGAAGUUAGUUAUACAUACAGACCUGAGAUACAUGGACAAUCCUGGACUCAAGAUGCUAACCAUAGCCCCUUAAGCAAUUUACCAAAAUAUUCUGCCUUUCAACAUGUAUCCUUUCAGGACCAGAACCUUCCAGCAGUUUCAGUAGAUAGUCCAGUGCGGUAUAGAACUUCAUCAGCUUUAGAAGAUGCCAAUUCCUCUGGGUAUCAAUAUUCAGGGCCCUCACCUUCAGUAUAUCACUACAGAAACCGGGAUGGACUUUCUGUUCAGGAAUCAGUAUUGCUGUGAGAGUUUAUCUAGUUUUAUGUGUUUUCUUGCUAAACACAGAAUAGAAACCAUAUGGAACCUACAUUGCUAUGUGUAUAAUUGCCAAAGCAGUAUUUUAUACUACUAUAAACACAAUUCUAAUGUAUGUAAUAAGAAUAUAUGGAAUUGUUUUCAUCCUCACAUAAUGCUGCUUAAGAUGAGCAUUUUAAAUUGCAUCAUCACUGAACCUUUUAAAAAGAAUUUAACAUGGAAACAUAGCAAUAGUAUUUAGGGAUGCAUGCACGGUAAUAAUUCAUUACUGUUUCAUUUAUAUCUUUCUCCAAAACCUGACCAUUCUUACUCUAUUAGCCCAUUGUAUUUUGAGUAAUGUUACAAAGCACUGAAAAACUGGGUAGAGUAGAUAUUGUUAAGGCUAUAUGCAGUGUAUGUGUCAUUUAUUAGUUAUUAUAGGCAUCUGUGCAUACACAUUUGAACACAGAACUAAAGAAAUGUUUAAAAAAGGAAGUACUUUUAAUAGAUCCAUGGAAUAAUUUGUUCUUUUCCUCAACUUGUCUUUCAGUCAAGUUUUUUAUUUCCCCUCUAUUUUUAACCCAAAUUUAACUGACUUAAGGGUUUUCCCUGACUUAAUUCAACAUCUCACAGAAUGCUCAUCAUUCUCAUUCAAUUGUUGCCAUUUUCUUUCAAUCAGAAAGUUAAAAACAUUGGAGAGAGAGGCUAACCACUUAAUGGUGCUUAAAAAUUGGGGAAGUUAGUGUAAGUUAUGGUCUAAGGUGCCACGCUUGGUGUGUCCAUGUACACCGGGAGCAGUUUCAGUGCAUUUGGGCUCCUUCCUCUGGUCUGACUCUUGUAAGGCUCAGAGCAGAAUGUUCCUUGCCAGAUGCAAAGGAAAUGCUGCAGUACAGUCUCCAGCGGAUGCCAGCAAGGGAAGUUGCAAGCACUCACAGUUGGCAGCAGAACAAACUCCCUUGAAAUUCAUUUGAAAGCAGGAUUAACAAUAUGGUUACUUCUUAAAUUCCUGCAGGGCCUCUUCACAAAGAGCCAGGGUGUUCAUUUACAUGAUCUUUUUCUAGCACUCUUCCUUUAAAGAAUGUAGUCAGUGCAUAUUGCUGCACUCAGGCCAUUAAAUUAUCAUUGUAUAAAAUUGUAAAAGAAGAUCCUAAUCAUUAAUAGGAAUCUAAGACUUUGGUGUUUUUGUUUUUUAAUAGUCUGACUUUCAUACUUCAAAAUAACUUUUUUUUCUUUUUCAGUGAAAAAAGUUCAGGUUUAUGGUAAAAAAAGUCUUUAGAAAUAUUCUAUUACACUACAAUUACUAAAACACUGACAAAAUUUGGGGCACUUCAAGAUAGUAUGACUUUGUGUUUAAUUGGAGAACUUGUUCUCAGCAUUACUUUGCUAACUUUGAAUAAUAGAGUUGGAAACCUAACUUCUUACAAGUUGGGGCUUUAAGCUACAAGGUACUGAAGUUUGUCUAAAAUGACAGUAACAUUUGUUUAGCUAUUGAAUGUGACAAUGUUUUUUAUGUAUAUAAUGAGGAUAAUAUAAUUUUAAUUAACCUGGUAAUGAUGUUAUUAAAUGGUAAAAAAAAACAGUGUAUUAACAGCUAAGCACUACACUGAAGCUCAAACAAAACUCUGGUAUCACUGGGCUCCUGAUUCAGAUCAUGUGAAUUCAGCUUAGAAAUAAAUGUAUAUAGAAAUGUAGCUAAGGAUAUUAAUUCCAAUUUUUAAACCAUGAUUCUGUGACUUGUAAUAAACCAAGCUGUACCACUUAGUUUAUGAUAGAGCUGCUCCAAAAUAUAUAUAUUAACAGCAGUAAAUAGUGUAGAUUUAUCUGUCUAUAUAUAUGCAAAAUAUAUAUAUACACACACUAUUUUCUUAUGUCAUCUAUGACAUUUUUUAUCUGUAUACUUUUUUUGAUGUGAUUGUUUUUAACAUGCUUAAAUAAGUGUACUCUGUGUCUUC